AUGGAUUUGGAUCUACCGAUAAACACCGUGCUCAGGGCUUGUGAUAUCGACCUUGAAAGCAUAAAACUUUCAAAGGACCUGCGGCUGGGGCUCACCCAGAUAUGUACAACAGCGAUUUCAUUCGUAACCUUCCUCGCCGAGAAACAGGGAAAGUCAGGUAAGAAGAUCAUUUCUACUGCAGAUGUAGUCCGUGCUGCCUCGCGUCUUGAAAUACCUGGUCUGGACCGCGAGUUGAGAGAGUUUUUGCAAUCUGAGAACCACGCAAAAACAACCGAACGAUUCAAUACGAAGAACCCAGCCAACGUGCUGUUACUCAAAAAGGUCCAGGAGGCAGCUAUCGAUCGCUUUAGUAGUCUUGACAUCCCCGACAGCCUAGGCUUCAACUUCGAUUUUCUCACAGAGACAAAGGCACUAGACAAAGAUGCUCUUGAUCCUACUGAGUAG